GACAAAGUUGGUGGAGCCCCUAACACUUGAAGCUUUCAAUAACAGUCUCCUCUCCUGCUCAACUUCUAGCAAACGAUCCCUCACGCCACUUUACGCACGGCCUGCUUUUCCUCGAACAUUCUAGAGCAAUGGAACAAGCGAAGACGGAAACGCAACCCAACUCCAGCUCAGCUCCGAUCCGAGAACCGAACCUGAAAGACUCGGAUCCCGCAAUGGAUGCGGAGGGCUUUGUUGUGGUUCCAACAUCAGAGCCACAGGAAAAGGAAGAGAAAGAGACUCAGAAUCCGAAAGUGAGUCAGUUUCAAAGCGAGCAAUCACCGGUUCAGUCACCAUCCGGAUCGAGGAAAUCAGUUCAUUGGAGUCCGGAAUUGAUCAGCGAAUCACGUGCUGUGGAUCACAGUUCCACCAUGUCAGCUCCUGACGGAUCCAAUCCUUACGUUACUCAUUCUCCGCCUACGGAAUCUUCUUCUGCUUCCUUCAAAGAGAAGAUGGACACAGUGAAGGAUGUCUUAGGGAGAUGGGGGAGGAAGGUGGCAGAAGCGACGAGGAGAGCGGAGGAUCUGGCCGGGAACACGUGGCAGCACUUAAAAACAAGUCCUAGUUUUGCUGAGGCUGCCAUGGGAAGAAUUGCUCAAGGAACAAAGGUUUUAGCGGAAGGUGGCUAUGAGAAAAUUUUUAGACAAACUUUUGAGACGGUACCUGAAGAGCAACUUCAAAAUUCUUUUGCAUGUUACUUGUCCACAUCGGCUGGUCCUGUCAUGGGAGUUUUAUAUGUAUCUACAGCAAAGCUUGCGUAUUGCAGUGACAGUCCUCUUUCCUAUCAAAAUGGUAGCAAGACUGAAUGGAGCUACUACAAGGUAGUUAUCCCAUUACAUCAACUUAAAGCAAUUAAUCCUUCAACAAGCAGAGUCAAUCCUUCUGAAAAGUACAUCCAAGUUAGCUCUGUUGAUAGUCAUGAAUUUUGGUUCAUGGGCUUCUUAAAUUACGAGAGUGCUGUUAAAUGCCUACAGGAAGCUUUGCAACAGCAUAGCUUACAAUCUGUGUGAUAAUGAUUUGACCCGUAUAGUGGUUGCAACAUGUUGUCAUGCAAGCAUUUGGUCUGCUGCUUCGAGGCAUUUGAUUGUAAAUGCUCCUUCGGAAGCUCUUCAAUAUUCUGUGGCAAUGAAAAAAUAGGUGAAAACAUAGAGUGAUAUCUGGAUAUUAUAUGGCAAUUAGAAGAAAAGAAUACAAUGAUAUCUGUUCUGUUUUAAACUCAUCUGGUUGUAGUUUACUAUAAUCCUUCCAAUAACUUAUAGCAUACCGAAGGUUUCCGGUGAAA